UGGAUUUAAUCAAUAAACGAAUGACACAAAUUCAAGAUAUCUCCAAUAGAUUAACUCAUUUUGGUUCGGAAAUUAAUCAAAAUAUUAGUAAAUGUGUUAACGCAUUAUUAGAUAUAGUUGUUGGUGCUUUUUAUUGGCAUAAACUUUCAG